GAUAUAUCGAUAAUACCGCAAGUGAUUAACUCAACUCUAUCGAGCGCUAAACAUUUAUUAUUAUUAAUUGUAGAAUUUAUCAAUUUAAAAUAAUCUUGAAUAUCAUGGCCAGCGAAUGUCGCAUUUGUGCCGAGCAAAUCUUUACGCCAAACCCAAAGAAUAUUUUUGAAAAGCGAAAUCAGCCCAUUAGGACAGCGAUCGAGCAAAUUACGGGAUUAGAGAUUGUUUUGGAGAAACUGCUGCCCCAGCACAUCUGCUCAUGCUGCCUUUUAGAUCUGAGUCAGGCUCUCGCCUUCAGGCAGCGAUGUCUGCAAACGCAUGAGAAGCUCCAUCUGAGAACCUCCUCGUCGACCUUAAUAGACAAUGUGGAGGUAAAUUCAGACCCAUUGAUGAAACAGGAAGUUCACACCGACAUAGAUGAUAUGGAAGACGAUACGGAACUCCCGGAGCAUAGUAGGCAGAUAGUCGUCCUGGACGACGAUACGGACUUUGUUGAAGACACAAAACCUAUUAAGAAGUCCCAACCGGGCAAGAAAAUAAUGCGUGAGGUUAAAAAACUACCUAACAGUCAAUCUCCACGUGUCAUGGUAAAGCGUCUCCGUGUGCCGGUGAUAAAAAAAUUAGAUAGUCCACCGCCACCUCGCAGGGAACGUGUCCCGAAGCCUAGAAAGCGCAGAAUACGUAAGAAGGUCGAUCGUUCGAUAAAGCGUUAUGUGUGUGACCAGUGCGGAUGGUCCUUUAACGACCACAGCAACAUGAAGGACCACAAGUUGCGGCACUUCGCGGAGAAAUUUUCAUGCGAGGAGUGCGAACGCAAAUUUUACACCAUGCCACUGCUCCGUUUGCACGUACGAGUUCAUCACAGAGGAGAAAAACCCUACGUCUGCAAAUUUUGCGGUAUGGGAUUCGGCAAUAGUCCCAGCCGCUGUCGCCAUGAGCGACAAAUGCAUCCAAACGAACUGUGUUUUUCAUGCCGUAUCUGUGGUAAACGAUUCAACAGCGAAAAAGGUCGAAGCAAACAUGAGGAGGGGCAUAAAAGCGACCAGCCGGAUGUUCAUCUUUGCUUGACUUGUAAUAAGGAGUUCAAGGAAGCACAGUUUUUACAACGCCACUAUUCAACCAAGUACCAUCGCAAGCGAGCGAACUUAUUGAUAGAAGGCGCGAAAGAGGAAUAUUUGUCAGACGCAGAUGCAGAUCCAGCGGAGACUCCUGGAUAUAUGGAAGAAGGGCAGACAGAAAUGGAAGAUAGCCAGGCCGAAAUUGACAUUAUUUUAGGAGAUGAAGAAGGUGAUCAGUACGAGGACCACGAAGAACUUCUUGACGAAGAAUUCCAGGAUUACGAUUAUGAUGAAGCAGUAAUGGAAGAGGAGAUCUUCACAUAGCCCAUGACGCAAAAAAAAAGACGCCACUAGCGCCAAAUAUUUAUAAAUGCCAGCUAUGGCUGCUAUUUAAUUAUCUCUUUGGCUCAAAGAUGUUUUUGAGGCAGUAUAAUUUUUGAUGCUGUUUUAAAUAAGGCAAUGAGAAAUCAUUUGUUUUAAGUAUAUUGCUUAUUAUGUAGAAUGAUUUUUAAAUAAACUGAUAUAUUAUUUAAGGCUAA